GGAACCGAGCGGUUAGGACCGUAAAUUUAGGACUUCCCCCGAAUCAAGACAUGAAGAAGGCCUAGGCGGGACAACCGCAUAUAUAGCGGGAAAAACGGAUUUGAUAUCUGCUCUUUGAUUCCAUGUCGCCAAGCUUUGCAGUCAGAAGAUUUACUGGGGCGCCAGGUUCAGCGAGGUUCAACGAGAUCGUAGAAUGCUUUAAGCAAGCAUACUCGGAAGAUCAUUUCGCUCACAGUGUGACUGCGGGAAAGACUGAUAUAUAUCAUCGUCUCAACUAUUCCCUCCUUCUUUCGGGCAUCCUAUCCGGCGAAGUGUAUACCAUUGAAGAGGUUUCAAAUGGCAACAAAGUGGUAGCUGCCGCUGUCUGGUUUCCUCCAAAUCGCGAGCUGUUCGAAGAGAGCGAACAAGGCAAGGCAGUCGGGCCGUUCAUGGCCAGUCUAUUCCCCGAACUUUGCAAAUGGUGGAGGACAAGAUUUCUUCCAGAAUAUAGUGACUUCGCCAGGACUAAAUUUGGAGACGGCGUCAGGAAAGCGGCCUGGCAUCUCCAGUGGAUAGGAACCCUCAAAUCGUAUCGUCGCAGAGGUUUGGGAACGAUGUUGAUUGAUGUGAUCCGUAACAAGAAGAAUGGCAAGAAAAUGUGUCUCGAGGUCGAAAGACCAGAAAAUCUUAAAUUCUAUCGUAAGUGCGGUUUCAAGGAGAUAGAUGAGGAAGCACACCACUUUGAGUGCUACAACGUUCAUAAAGAGCCUGGUUUUGGUAUGUGGGCAAUGCUCUCUGAUUGAAGAAGUCGUCGUUGUCGUCUGGUGCUUAGUAUAAUAAUCUUGUAAUCUUAAUUAUAUGCAGUGUGUAAUUUCAGGAGUUGGAAGCUAGCAUAGAAUGAGUGGAUCAGCAAUUGUGAAAGUAU